AUGGCUCGAAUAAACCGCCCAGCUCCUGUGGAAGUCACGUACAAGAGCAUGAGAUUCCUCAUUACACACAAUCCAACCAAUGCAACCUUAAACAAGUUUGUAGAGGAACUUAAGAAGUAUGGAGUUACCACAAUAGUAAGAGUAUGUGAAGCAACGUAUGACACUGCACUUGUAGAGAAGGAAGGCAUCCAUGUUUUUGAUUGGCCAUUUGACGAUGGUGCACCACCAUCCAACCAGAUUGUUGAUGACUGGUUAAAUCUUGUAAAAAUUAAGUUUCGUGAAGAACCUGGUUGUUGUAUUGCUGUCCAUUGUGUUGCAGGCCUUGGGAGAGCUCCAGUGCUUGUUGCCCUAGCAUUAAUCGAAGGUGGAAUGAAAUACGAAGAUGCAGUACAGUUCAUAAGACAAGAGCGGCGCGGAGCUUUUAACAGCAAGCAACUCUCAUAUCUGGAGAAGUAUCGUCCUAAAAUGCGGCUGCUGUUCAAAGACUCCAACGGUCACAGGAACAACUGUUGCAUGCAAUAAAACUGGGAUGCCUGAUGCGACUGCCUUGGAUGUACAGCUUGAGGCAGGACCUGACUGUCAUACAGAUUAGCCCAUGUGUUGGCUCGGUGAAUGAGUCUAACAAAGCUUCCUUAGGAGCGUUGCAAAGCAGUUAUACAGGCUACCCACAAGCUUAACAGAAUCGCAAUCUCUGGGUUUGGGUUAUGAUCAGCAUAUUUGGACAAUUACUACAAGAUUCUUACUGUUCAGCAUUUAAAUUGUGCUUAUCAUUUGUACCAAUUGACUUUCCUGAAACCAUCCAGUACUGAGUUAGGAUAUUCCCAUGCUAGAAUCUUAAUGAUACAUAAGAAAUUUAGAAAGAUUGGGUGCCAAAAUACCCAGCACAAUACUCUUAUAUUUUUAGUAUCACAUAGAACCAAAAUUCCAGGAACUAAGAAUACUCUAGGCCUGUGGUUUAUUCCUUCAGUCAUUUCAAACACAGUAGGGCCUAUGUGGCUAUUUUCCUGCUCACUUUAUGUUUACAUCUCACACUCAAACCAGUAUGCAUCAGGUUUGCUUAAACAUUGAUUGUUCUUUUUGAUUAUUACCAAAUCUUAUGGUGAUUAUUUAAUGUCUUUCUACAAGUCUUAUUUUGUGCUGUUCUGGGAAACCUCCAUUUUGAAAAUCUACAUUGUUACAGAAGUACAUGUCUUUAAUGUCUCAGACAAAAAAGCCUUACAGUUAAUUUAAUGCUUGCACUCUGAGGUGCAACUUAACAGGGAGGGCCUGAAAAAAGACUAGGAGUGGGCUAUUCAAUAUUUUUAGUAAAAUGUUGCCUUUGUCUUGUGCAGAACAUGUAGAAUAUGCUCUUUAAUUUAGUAAAUAUUUUUUAAAAGGUAUAGAUGCUUUGUUAUUGUAGCUAGAACAAUUCUUAAUCAUAAAAUUUCUGAAAUUCUUGUAAUUUUUUCCGUACUUAUCAGAAGUUGUGUACCAACUUAUUUUUGUUUGCAGUGUGAUUUUUUUUCCUUUUCCCAGCCUCUUGCAAAAAACAGAAGUGAGUUUCUGCUAAUGAAUUGAGCAGACAUCUAAUAUUUUAUAUGCCUCUUGAGCUGUGUAACUUAAUAUUUGGAUACUUCAUAAUUUGUUCUAUUAUGUAAUUGAUAAAAUGGUGAUGUGUAUUAAUGUUAGUUCAACCAUAUAUUGAUACUGUCUGGGAAUCUGUGGUUAUAGUGCUGUGGGACAAACAAUUUGUCAGUGUUCACCAGCUUGUAAAAACUUAGUGCAAGAGCUUAAACAUCUAAAUAAAUAAUGAAAUCCAAAAAAAAAAAA